AUGCCAUGCCAGGAGGACGACGGCGAGCUCAUCAACCUCGCCGAGCUGUUCAAAAAGGCGCAGGAGGAGAAGACGUCCUCGCUCGAGUCGAAUCAAGCGCGCGGCGGGGCUUUUCCGAGCGCUAAGCGUCUGGCGCUGCAGCGCAAGCUGGUCGAGUACCUGCGGACCGUGAAGAAGUCGGAUGAGCAGAAGGAUGCAGAGAAGAGCGUGACCGACCAGGACGCGCGCUACUUCAACUCCGAUUACACGAAGGACCAGCACACACGCGUGCGGACGGCGGACCGAUGCUCACAUGACAAGCUCCGUGUUGGAAGGUUCGAGGACAAGGAGAAGAAGGCGCAGGAGAUCAAGGACGCCUUCAUCGAGUUUAAGCGUUGGAAAGAAGUCGGCAUGGCCAUACGCGCGAGGCCGAUGGGCACUCUGCGAGAGUGGCUCGAACACGUCGCUCACGUCCACCCGCUGGACGUCGACGCUGCUGUCGCAGAGAGUGCUAAUAACUCUUGA